CCAACGUCGUAAUAUUCAAUGUAUAAAAUUAGGUUCAUCAACAGUUAUCUGCUUUUGUAUCUUGGCUACAAUAAUCCCUUCAUCUUUAUAAUUAAACUUAACAUAUUUCGGUUUUCGCAUAUUCAGCGUCGGUUAGAAGCGGCCGGUUGUAUGUAGAUUUUAGAAGAACAUGGAUUUGCUAUUAAAUUUUCGUAAAUAUACAACAGAUAAAAUUUCGAAUUAAUAGUAUUUGAAUUCGAGCUAUUACUGUUUCAUUUUAAAUUUGCACUUUAUUUCACAUCGUGUAAUAAAUUUCUGAAUAAACACCAUCGUAAUAACAUACGCUGGCGCCUGGCGGCCAUUGUUCAGGUGGCAACAGAGCUGUGAAGUCGAACGGAGCAUACUGUUCUCGUUGAUCGUUGACAUAAAGACACGGUGUUCAGUGACCCAGUUAUCAGUAACUGUUGAGAAUGAAACGUGGUGCCUCUCGUGAUAUGUCGCCGACAAGUAAGCGAUCAAGGUCUAGUCUAGCUCGUUAUGACGAAAGUAGCGAAGAUGAAGGGCGUCGCGGUGCUAGCCCGUCCAUUUCUGGAAGGCGUUAUCCCGAUGCACCAGAGCAUCGGCCUCCAACUUAUAAAGUUCUUUGUGUUUCUAAUCUGCAUGCAAGAGCAAGUGACGAUAUGGUCCGUGACGCACUUUUUCGUGAGUUUAAAAGGUUUGGUGAUGUGAGUGUAAAGAUUCCACUUGAUGCUGACCCUCGUGUAGCCUAUGUUUAUUUCCGUACAAACGAAGAAGCUCGAAGUGCAAAGCACAGCAAGACUAGGAUCCUGUUUUUUGAUUUACCCGUAUAUGUGGAACCUGUUUAUGAGCCUCCUGGUCGAGACUACUCUCCCCGUCGUUCACGUUCUCCCCUUGAGUAUAAUGAGAGGUCAGCUUAUCGUCCACGCAGUCCUCCAAUGCCGGAGAUGGACGAUCGUUAUGAGCCACGAUUUGAUCGUGGCCGACCCCCUCCUCCCCCUAGGGAUUAUUACAUGGAAUCCCCAAUGAUGAGGCAGGAUGAUUAUGGAUAUAGGCCUCACAGAGGCCGUGGGCUACCUUAUGGGCAUUAUGGACCACCAAUGCAUAGAGGAGGCUUCAAACCUCAUUUUGGUCCUGGUGGUGGUGGUAUGGGAGGGGCUGGUGGUGGUGCUGGUGGUAGAAUGAUGAUGGAUAGCAAACGAGACAAGUUUCCUAAUUAUCUCCAUCAUGUUGCCCCUGAAGAAGAUCCUUUAGCUACUCGUACUCUCUUUGCUGGAAAUCUAGAACUCAAUAUCAGUGAAGAAGAACUACGAAGGAUUUUCAGUCGCUAUGGCACUGUUGACGACAUUGACAUCAAACGGCCACCUCCUGGUACUGGUAAUGCUUAUGCAUUUGUUAGGUACCAAAAUCUGGACAUGGCUCAUAGAGCUAAAAUUGAACUUUCAGGUCAAUACAUUGGCAAAUUCCAAUGCAAAAUUGGCUAUGGAAAGGCUAUGCCGACAACAAGAGUUUGGGUUGGUGGUUUGGGACCUUGGGUUUCUCUUGCUCAGGUCACUCAGGAAUUUGACCGAUUUGGAGCCAUCAAGAAGAUAGAAUAUGAGAAAGGUGACAAUCAAGCAUACAUCCUUUAUGAAAGCAUGGAUGCUGCUCAAGCUGCUGUAAAGGAAAUGCGUGGAGUUACACUUGGUGGCCCUGACAAAAAACUGCGGACUGACUUUGCUGAGGUUACUCCUCCACCUGGUUCGUACCCUCCUCCUGGACCCAGCUCGGGAAAUGGUGCUCCAGCUGAUUAUCCUAGAGACGACUGGAACAACCGUGCUGGGUAUGAAGAGUAUGGUGAAUACAGUGGAGGAUUUCCUCGUGGCAGAGGCCGAGGUCGUGGCAUGUGGCAUGACCGAGGCAGAGGUGGUCACCGUGGAGGAUACCACGGUGAGUUCAGAGGUCCUGAUUACUACGAAGGCCAUUCUGAAGGUGGUGAUGGACCUGAAAAUCAUAAUGAUGUAGGAGGAAAUCUCUCUAAUGCGCGCACAUUGGCUGAUGUUGCUCGUAAGACCAGCGCCUCUUGGACUGGCUCUCUAAUUUUGAAAAAUUCAGCCUUUGGAACAAAAAUGCACACACUGGAAGGUAUGAGCGACCUCUCCGAAUUGCUUCAGGAUGAUAACAAUCGUCCACUCCUGCGUAUCACUCAACGUUUGCGAUUGGAUCAAUCUAGGCUUGAUGAUGUGAGUCGUAGAAUUGAUGCUUCAUCAACUGCCACAAUUCUGUUAUCUCUGCCUAACACAACUGCUCCGCCUCUGCCUGAUGAUGCAUCUGUGCAAACUCGACCUUUGCGCAAUCUUGUUGCCUAUCUGAAGCAGAAAGAAGCUGCUGGUGUUAUCACUCUAUCAGGCCGAGAUGGAGGAGCUUGUAACUCUUCUGUAGGAAGUGUCCUCUAUGCCUUCCCUCCAUGUGUGUUCAGCUUGGAUCUUCUGCGUCGAGCUGCACCCAACCUCACUGAAGAGACCACUCGAGAUGAUCAUCUGGUGGUUGUGGUGGUUAGAGGAACUGCUGCCUGAAGUGGACUGCAGCCUCUCAAUUGGAGUUCUCCUCCAAGUUGUUUUUGGAGUUUACUAUAAAAUUUGUUUUGAUAUUUUGCAUUGACUGAGCUGCAUAACUAAUCUAAGGUGUUGGAAGACUUAGUGUCCCUAACUGCUAUAGAUAUAAGUGUCGGAGACUGCAUUUCCAGUAUAUACUUCAUUACCUUAGGCCUAAUUGAGGUCAAUUAUGUCUAUAUAAUUACUGAUGUCUGACAUUUUUCUCAAUUAAUUUCUUUGGUUCAUGGACUUGUUACUCUUAGAAAUGUUGAACUAGCUCUUCUUAAAUUUUUCUCUUAUGAAUUAUGCACCAUUUAGAAUUUUCAUUCUAUGUAGUUUUUAACUAAAAUUAUUCUAGUGCUGAAAACCAGUCGGCAGUGACAUGAAAAGUUGAGAUGCUAUGCUGGAACAGAAGUCCAUAUCAUGAAAAUUCAUUCACUUGAAAUUUCCAACAAUAAGAAUUUUAAUUUUAUUUAUCUAACUUUGGUGAGUUAUAUGCUUUUCUCAUGCUAAAUCUGUUUCAAAAUAUUACUGCUACAAUUUUUAGAAAGCACUUUUGAUAUGUAUUUAUCAUAUAGGUAAUUAUUUGUCCUGCUCUAUAAUAUGUGAAUGACUUGCACAACUGGAUCCAUCUGUACUGGAAAGUAAGCCACUCAAUCACCAGGGUCAUGUCUAGACAAUAAGUUGCAUCCAGUGAAAAUGAAACUUUUCUUUCAUAUUGGCUUUGUACAUACAGUAUGCUAACAGCUUCAAGUGGUUGGUGACAUUCAUAUUAUUUUUUCAAUUUGUGGCCCUAAAUUUCAGUCGUGACUCAAGUAGUGAAUUUAUUAAUGUUCUUGAAUUUGUUUUGAAAAUAUUUAGCCUGCAAAACUAAGUUCAAGUUGUCUGUGUGAUGGUUUCUCUAAAGUGGAAAAUUUAGAGUAUAGUUCAAUCAUUAAUAAGCUAUAAAUUGAUAGAAAAUUGAUUGAUGUUAACUAAUUUUUUCAAAUGAUAUCUUGUUUUUUGUCAGUUCUGUCAUUGUUCAAGUGGUUUAUAUAUAUUGUAGUGGGUGCAGUGUUAACAUUACCAGGAAUGGUUUCAGUGCAUUGUUAACAUUAGUUUGUGAAGUGAGUGCAGUUAUAGUGAGAGGAAAAAUGUUCAUGUGUUAGGAUGUGGGUUUGGUGAUACAGUGAAACAGUGGGCAAGUGAAGCUUUAAUGCCAAACUUCGAUGGUGUAUCUGAAUAGUCCUGCAAUCUAAGCUUAUACUUAAGCUCUGCCUAAUAUAAUGUUCCAUGCU